GGUCACGUGUGUAUACACUGUAGGGCUCUGCAGCACUCCAGCAGUAGUAAAGUCUGUAACGGUCGGCCCCUUUUUAGACCAACCCUCGUACGAAAAGUAGGUAGAUGAAGAGAGCGACUUAACGGAAAUCCACCUAAACUGUUUUCUUCGCCGUUUUUUCGCAUUUUAAUGUUUUGUAAGCUCGUGUAAAACCGGAUAUACUUUUAAAUUUGCCGUUAUUUUUCUUAGGAAAGCAACUCAGAAAUGCCAGUGGAAAUGCUGCAUCCAAACCCAAUGCCUCCGUAGGUUUGUCACUUGUCCAAACCGAUACGUUUGUGUUGGUCUGUUGAGAGUGCUUGACCAGUGUCAGAGCCCAGAGAUGUGGAUCUGCAUGGUUUACAAUGAGACGGACACCACUGUGGACUUCCAGCUCUGCCAGGAGUUUGGUCUCAUCCUGUCAGUUUUCUCCCUCAUCUACCUCCUGGUGUGCUUCCCUUUGGGCCUGUGUUACAAUGUGCUGCUGGUCGUGGUGAACCUCUCCAACAAGGUGUCCAUGACCAUGCCGGAUGUCUAUUUCGUCAACAUGGCCAUUGCAGGUCUUGUGCUUAACCUGGUGGCCCCUGUGGAGCUCCUGAGCUCCACCUUCACCCGCUGGCAUGCAUGGGAGUACAACAAUGAGGUCUACAUCACCCUACUCAUCCUCUUCAACAUCUCAUCUCUGGUCAUUAUGUAUUCCACCACACUGCUCAGUCUGGACUACUACAUAGAGCGGGCACUCCCUCGUACAUACAUGUCCAGUGUGUAUAAUACAAAACAUGUGUGUGGGUUCAUCUGGGGUGGCGCCGUGCUGACCAGCUUCUCUUCGCUCCUCUUUUAUGUGUGCAACCACAUAUCUACUAAGAUGGUUGAGUGUUCUAAAAUGCAGAACAAGGAGGCAGCAGAUGCCAUCAUGAUGUUCAUUGGCUAUGUGGUUCCAGCAGUGGCCGUGCUUUAUGCUUUUGUGCUCAUUUUGCGCAUUAGGAAGGAGUCUACACCUCUGGAUCAGGACUCUGCUCGCUUGGACCCAUCUAUACACCGGCUGCUGCUAGCCUCAGUGUGUGUGCAGUUCAUCCUGUGGACCCCUUAUUACUUGACCCUUUUGGUGCACACGGUAGCUGGUGCACCAGGGUAUAUUAGCAAUGCAUAUUAUGUUCCUACUUAUUAUUUCAUGAGAUGUUUUUCUAAACUGCUGGCUUUCUCCAGCAGUUUCGCAAUGGCUCUCAUGUAUAGGCAGAUGAACAAAAACUUCUCUAACAAGCUUCAGCGGCUGCUCAGGAGGCUGCGUUGUAGAGAUCAGUCCUGUCCUCAUGAACGCUCAACAGUUCAGCAAGUGGUGACAUGAGAUCAUGCCCUGGGAGAUCACAAGCACCACUCCAGCUACCCUCCUCCUCCUCUUGGCCCAGCCAGCACUUAUCCCCCUCCCCUCCUGUAUAGAGCCAGUAUCUGACUGGGCGUCCUCAAGACUCUGGACUGUGUUAAGAGCGACAUAGCGAACUUUGGAAUUUCCUGUCACUUUUCAGAACUUGAUCUGAUUUGUCUAGUUCUGUAGUGAUAAGAUAAACCAAACAAAAACCACUAAGUGCUGCUUUUCUUUUUCUUUUUUUUUUUGUCAGUGAGUAAAGCUCUCAAUUUAGACACUUGGACUACUGGUUCAUGGGUGGUGAAGUUGGUACAAUCACUCAGAGGCUAACAUUGUGGCAUUCUCUUAAGAGUUUUACACAGGCACCAAUAAAACAGCAGUCUCCAUUCCAUUGUAGUUGGGGGGUGGGUUUGUGUUAUUAAUUAGUUUGCAGCUUCAUUAAUGCACAACUGCUUCAAUUUCAUUAUAAGGUCUGUAUGCUGUUGUGUCAUUUAAGUUGAACUUUUUAUAAUGUUGCUUUUUCCCUAACACACAAGCAGAACCAGUAAACUAUACACUUUAGUUAUCAAGUGAGGCCAAGCCAUUUGUUGGUAAAAGGAGCCCUCUGUACCUUUGCAUUAAUGGAUGGUGGAUGGUUUAUCACUAUCCCACCACAACAUACUUCCAAACUAACAUGUAGCUUUGCCAGUGAAUCAUACUGUUAACUGUCUCCAAUCCAGAAACCUCAGUUACUAAAAUGUUAAUUUUUCAUUAAUACUGGAACUUUUCUGAAACUAUACGUAAAUACUGCUAUGAAAAUAUGCCGUCAUUUAACAAUUUUUUUUUUCCACAAUAUGGUUCUGAUCCACUCACAGGCAUAAAGAGAUUAUUCCCACAUGUGUUGAGUUCCUCAGCAGAUUUUCUCCUGUAGAUUUAUAAGCACCCUCCUCACUUUGAAAACAUACAAGACUGAAAGAAAUGCUCUUAAAAAGUUUGUAUUCAGGGUUCAGACACAACCGGUAUACCUCUUGUGAUCUCUGCUGAAGUAAUUUGACCUUUUAUUCAUAAUUGUUCAGAUCAACUCAAGCUGACAGCCCAUUGUGAUUUUUAUUUAUUUUAUUUUAUUACUUUAAGCCGUGUUUCACUUCUGCAGGAAUUAAGCGUGCAGAGCCUCCCAUAGGGUCAGAUAGAAGGCCUUGAGGAGGUGGCAUGUACAUUCCCUCAGGAGGGUUGGAACGUUCUGUCCAGUGGAAUUAUUCAGACGCAGAGUCACAAUAGAAGCAUUAUCAAAAACCUUUUUCAAUAUGAAAAGCUCAGAUUCCAAACGCCUGUGAGAAAUGUGUGUGACAACCUCAACAGUUGUGCUGCUCACAUGCAUUAAAGCUACUUUGCUUUCUCAUCUGCUACUUAGUAAAGAAUUAGCAGACCCUUUUCUUAUAGCGAUGAAACCCAUUAAUAAAAUGUUGAAUAAAAACA